CCACGCGACCUUUCCGCUGUUACCACAUGUCAAGUUCUCGGGCUUCUCAACCUGCACUGCUCAACGCAACUUGAAUCUCGUCAGGUCUUAUUGAAACAGAUCUCGUCGCUGGUCUCGGGAUAACCCUGAAGAUCACCUUGGCGAACCAAAGUCUUUACAACUUCACUAGUCUCCACAUGCUCUUUUGAAGCUUUCCCCCCUUCCGCCCUGCUCACCGCACAAACCUUGUCCACCACCCCGCCAAAACCGAGCCCUCGACCAACCCCGGUUUGAAGCCAUCGUCACCGCUUGAGAACUGGACCGACAUACGGAUACCUUUUCGGACCCAUUUAGUGGUCCUACGGCGCUCUAGAUUGUCUUCCCCGGGACCCGCGUGGAGUCCGAUCCGCCAGACAACAGGACGAGGGAAAAAAAAUAAAGAGCCUCCUGGCAACAAAAGGAACUGCAGGACUGCAAACAAACCCCCGCGGCUCUUUGCACACCUUUCCCCCCAACUACCUACACCACACGUAGAGGUCAAAAAGCACCAGCUCCGUCGAUCAAAACUCUCGAGAUAGUUCCCGAAAGCAACGCUCACCCAAGAUGGUCUACGUUCGCCAGGAACGCCUUCCGGCGCUCAAGGAGUACAAGUACUCUGCCGUCGACCACUCACUGACGUCAAAGUACAUCCUGAAGCCCUUUUACACCAAUGUCGUGAUCAAGAUGUUCCCCAUGAGCAUGGCGCCGAACCUCAUCACGCUGACGGGCUUCACCUUUGUCAUUGCAAACGUCCUGACGCUGCUCUGGUAUAACCCGACGCUCGACCAAGACUGCCCUAGCUGGGUGUACUACUCGUGGGCCGUCGGCCUGUUCCUGUACCAGACGUUCGAUGCUGUAGACGGAUCGCAGGCUCGACGAACCCACCAGUCCGGACCACUCGGCGAGCUCUUUGACCACGGCGUCGAUGCGCUCAACACAUCCCUCGAGGUUCUCGUCUUCGCCGCGUCGCAAAACAUGGGCCAGGGCUGGAUGACGGUCGCCGUCCUCUUCUCUUCCCUCCUCACUUUCUACGUCCAGACCUGGGACGAGUACCACACAAAGACCCUGACCCUCGGCAUCGUCAAUGGCCCCGUCGAGGGCGUCCUCAUCCUCGUGGGCGUCUACGCCCUGACCGGCUACAUGGGCGGCGCCUCCUUCUGGCAGCAGUCCAUGCUCCGCACCUUUGGCGUCUCCGAGAAGCUGGGCGUCCCCGCCGCCCUCUACGAGCUGUCCUUUACGCAGUGGUACAUGGUCCAGGGCUCCUUCGUCCUCGUCCUCAACACCAUCGAGUCGGCGCGGAACGUCAUCCAGGCCCGCCGCGCACGCGGCGACCGAUCCCGCGGCGCGCUGCUGGGUCUCCUCCCCUUCUUCGGCAUGUGGGUGCUCAUCAUCUCGUACCUGCUCCUCAACCCGGCUAUCCUGCACGCCCAUCUCGUGCCGUUCGUCAUGUUCGCCGGCAUCGUAAACGCCUACUCUGUCGGCCAGAUGAUCACGGCCCACCUCGUCAAGCUUGAUUUCCCCUACUCGAACGUUCUCGGCCUGCCGCUCGCCUUUGGCGUCGGUGACGCGUUGGGUCCCGUCCUGCAGCGCAACUUUGGCUUCGGCUGGCCCAGCGCCCUCGGUGACGGCGUUUACCAGGUCGCCUUUAUGUUUUCCAUGCUCGGCAUGGCUGUCGGUGUCUACGGCAGCUUCGUGGUGGAUGUUAUUGUCACCAUUUGCGACUACCUCGACAUCUGGUGCCUGACCAUCAAGCACCCGUGGGUCGAGGGCAAGGAGAGCAACGGCAGCGCCCAGGCGGCCGGCAAGAAGUCGCAGUAGAAGCCGGUUCACCGAGAUUACCGUCUUUUGCGAGCUUCGGCAGGACGUAUCGCACGGUGUGAUACCCAGUUGACCAGCUGACCGGACCGAAUCAAGCCCUCCACCCGAUAGCCGGUAGCGAAUUUGCAGCCGACGGGAGAGUUGGAGGUUAAGAUUGAAAGAUUAAAGAUUUCGACGGGAUCAGCAAAGGCUGCAGUCCCUUUCAGGUCGCGCUCGGAUCUUUUCUCGAUCUUUUUACAGAAGAGUAGGACAAGAGACGUAAACCUUCAUGGUCGGUGUUGCGCAAAGUUUUCAUCUUCGCCUCUCUUCUCCUUUUUUUUUUUUGUCUUCUUUCGAGCAUCGGCACCACAAGCUUGAUUCAGAACGUUUUUGAGCAUCGGCACCAUGAGCUUGAUUCGGAACGUCCAAACGACAACUUUAAUGAUACUUUGACGAACCGGGCGGGGAUGGACGGACGGGUAAGAGGGGGGCAACAAUAUACGAAUAUGACGGGUGAUGAUGACAGGCGGAAGAGGGGCCCCGUCGGUUGGUUUCUCUUUCCCUUCUUUGCCGGGGAUCGGACUGGUUCUUGGGAUGGAUGGAUGGACGGGGGUUGGUUCAGACUGGCAGGCAGGCAAGGGAAAAGUAACGAUGUGACGGAAGUUUGCGUGGAUUGUGAACAAUCUUAUUCGUUUCUGUUUCGUUUGCUUCCUCUUGUUGGGCGCAGCUCAUCAUUGUCUUUUUUUGCGCGGCUAUUUGUCUUUUUCCGUCUCUUUAGUUUCUUCAUCACCUACCUUCCUGGCAUCUUUUCUUCCAGGAGUUGAGGGGUGUGUGUGGAUUUUUUUAAAGUCUCUUUUAGGCUCACCGUUUCUUCAACGUUCGGCUACCAGUUCCCGAUAUGGAGACUUUGGUUGUUAUUGUUGUCGUGAGGUUUGGGUGGCGAUCUCUCUUGUCUUUCUCUACAACCGUAUAACUAUGGCAUCUUUGUACGCAAGCAAGCUUAGAUGAAGAGGAUACCCAAUCCAUCCUACUUAUUGAAGAUACACAUGGAACCGACGGAAAGAAGAUGAUGAUCUCCCUAACUAAUUCUGCCUGACCUGGUUGAUAGGACUGAAA